AUGGCCCAAAUCAGUGUUAAUGGGACCAAAGCAGUAAGUGAUAAUGGAAAUCAUUCUACUGACGAUGAUGUUAUCUCCACAAGCAUCUUCCAUUGGAAGUGUUAUGAAGGUUACCUCAGGACAUUUCCUGCAAUGAUUAAGUUAUGCGAACUAUUUUGUAUCUUCAUAGCGUUUAUUAUCAGUUUCUUGGAUAAGAAUUUCCUAUCAGUUGGUGGUUCAUGGCUGACCGUAACAACUGCGUUAUCAUUCAUUGUCACCGCAUUCUUCCUUGUCUUCCAUCUCUUUCUUCUGCAUCGUUUUAUUGCGGCUCCUUGGUGUCUAAUCGAACUUGCUGCCUAUGUUGUCGUAUGCAUACUUGUGUUUUCAAAUGGAGUACUGUCUGCAGCAUAUUCUCAUUUAAGUGGUAUUAUAAUAGCAGAAACGAUUUUCACCUUCAUGGCUCUCGCUAUUUAUACAGUCGACGGUUUAGUUGCCUUCAAAAUUUUUACAGCUGGGCGUUAUUACGAUUAA